UCGUCAUAAAGUCUUGCCUGGUUAUUGAUUAACAGCCAAGAAUAAAGAAUAUGCAAGGGGCCAGUAUUUACUGUUUGCAACAGAAAUGCUGAGCGAUUUUCAGUUUGCUUUUGACAGAGGUAACUUGGCAGGUCACGCUGUACACAAAAGCUGAGGUGUGGUCAUGGCUGUUCAUUACCAGGAGUAGGCAUAAUGACUCAGUUAGAGGGAGACAGAGGAAGGACUCCAAAUCAGUGUUUGAAAGCAACAGUUGAACAAAUUCAAGAUUUUAUCAUAUGUUACCGGAACACUGAGUGGUGCCGACAUGAACAGUAACCAGUAUGUGAACUAUGGGUUUCAACAGGGGGAGAGAACUGCAAGACCUGUUCCAAAUGCCUUGCCCAAUGCUCUCCCCUCUAUUUACCCUCAAUACACCCCCCAGAUCGUCAACACGCACCACACAGUUACGCAUGGACUACCACAACCAGUCCCAGAACGAAAAGUGAUGAAAAAAAGUCGAUGUAAAUGUAUUGUGGCCUCAGUCCUCAGUGUGUUACUCCUCCUUGGGGCAACGGGAGUGUUGGUUUGGUAUUUCUUAUCCUACCAGUGUAUUUUUGGGAGUUCCUGUAGGGAGGGAGGUAUGUGUCUAAGUGCAUCUCAGUGGUGUGAUGGCGUCAGUGAUUGUCCAGGAGGAGAAGAUGAGACACAGUGUCGUAGGUCUACCUUUCGCCUCUAUGGAUUGAAUUCUGUUCUGCAGAGUUACUCAUCAGACAGUCAGAUGUGGAAGCCAGUGUGUGCUGAUGGCUGGAAUGACAACUUUGGCAGGGCCGUCUGUCAGCAGAUUGGAUACAGCCGUCAGUCCUAUGUUUGGUCUUCACAAAUACACCCAGGCUCUUUGGCUUCUAAGGGCUAUAUGAAGCUGUCUAACUUUGACAUCAAAUUCAGCCUACAGGAACAGCUAACUAGCAGUGCCUACUGCUCAACACAAGCGGUCUCCCUGAAGUGUAUUGACUGUGGUGUCAGUGUAGCUGCCCCUAAGAGCCGAAUUGUUGGGGGGGGCAUUGCAGUGAGUGGGGCAUGGCCAUGGCAGGUUAGUCUGCACUCCGGAGGUCAGCACUUGUGUGGAGGCUCCAUUAUCAGUCCUGAGUGGAUCAUCACCGCUGCACACUGUGUAGAAGUGUUUUCAUCUCCCAAUGACUGGAGAGUGUAUGCUGGCUACCUGACCUUGACCCAGAUGACUUUUGCCCGUGGGAAUUCAGUAGGACGCAUAAUCUCUCAUAAAAACUAUGACAAGCGGACUUACGACAAUGACAUUGCUCUUAUGAAACUCAACCCACCUCUCACUAUGUCAGAUGCGGUGAGACCAGUGUGUCUGCCCAAUUUUGGUCUGAAUCUGACUCUAGAGCGAGAAGCAUGGAUCUCUGGUUGGGGCUCCACUAGGACAGGAGGGUCAGCGGAGGAGAACCUGCGUCAAGCCCAGGUCACCAUGUACAGCAGAAAGACAUGUAAUGCACCGUUGGUGUAUGAUGGACUUGUCACCACCUCCAUGAUCUGUGCUGGUAGACUGGCUGGAGGAGUGGACUCUUGUCAGGGAGAUAGUGGGGGACCAAUGGUGUCCAAGGAGGGUUCAGUAUGGUGGCUGGUAGGAGUCACUAGCUGGGGUGAAGGUUGUGCUUUGAAGGACAAACCAGGAAUCUACAGCAAUGUCACACACUUCCUCCCCUGGAUAUAUGAACAAAUGCAUAAAACCUGAUGUAUAUGCCAAUGAAGAUGGACCCUUUAUCAAAUUCAUGUGUAUUCUGAUAUUGCACUUAGGUAGUAUAGUUUUGGUCUGUUGACCUAAUGAUUUUAAUUCUCAGGGAACAUCCUUUUGACAUCCUUUUGAUUUAUUAAUAAAGUAUAAGAUAUUGUAACAUUUUCAUUAAUGAUAUGAAAUAUAUUUUGUAAUUGGGAUUUUGUAUUGUAGUCCACUACACUAUAUGCAUACACAUAUUAAUAGAGUGCCCAUAGAAAGUCUGUGCCCCUUCAACUUUAUUUUCUACAUUUUGUCUUUUUUGUUGCAGAUUCAUGCACUUAAAAAAAGAUUAAAUAAUAAUCCACCC